UGUCAAAUUGCAAACAUCUGAAGAAAAACAUGCAAUUGUUUCAAGCAAAUGUUACCGAUCGAUGCGCAAAAAUGAAACACCACACAAACUCCAUAUGGAUAUUUCUACAGAGGAACGUCGUUUUACAGAUUGUAAUUGCACUUGCGUGGCAGGUAUGUCUGGAACAUGUUCCCAUAUUCUUGCAUUGGUUUUCACGUUGAUACACUACCAGCAAAAAGGACUGAAGGAAGUACCGACUUCCUCGUCUUGUACUAGUUUACCCCAACAAUGGCAUAGGCCCAGAGGAACCAAAAUUAAACCCCGACCUGUCGUAAAUAUGAUCUUGGCUAAGGCAAAACGCUAUGCGACGAGAAAAAAAAGGCCUGUAUUCACCAGAACAACAACACAAAGGUUGGUCCCUCCCACCAAGACAGAAAUUCAGCAGCUAAAAUCUACUUUGAAAAAUAGUGCUAUUGCCUAUCUUGUCAAUAAGAACAAUAAUGAGACAGACACAGCUUUGGGACGUGUACAACAGGGAUCACCACUUAUUYAUCAGGCAAAAUUCUACAACCAAGAACAACCUUAUGUUUGUGCAACAGUAUCAUCAACCUGUGGAGAUGUGAUAUUUCCACAGCCUGUUGAAUAYAACUUGACAAGCCCCAGUCACCYCCAGUGCMACARYAUAGAGCCAAUAACCCACAAGGAUGCAGUAGACUUAGAAAAGGCAACAGUCCUUCAAUCCGAAAGCAGCCUGUGGUUUAAAUGUCGAGCUAAAAGAAUCACUGCCUCCCAAUUUGGGAGAAUUCUCAAGAGAAAAAAAGAUAUCAAUGAAAAAUUCCUUAAAAGCCUCUUUGAUGCUGACACAUUUUCAUCUCAGGCCACUUCUUAUGGAAAAAGGCAUGAGGGAGAUGCCAAAGGAGCAUAUGUAGAGAAAAACAGAGCCAUUCAUGUUCAUGAUUGUGGUUUAGUUGUUAAUCCUGCUUUCAGUUUYUUGGGGGCCUCUCCUGAUGGAAAGGUUUGUGAUAUGGGGAAGACUGGAAUCUUAGAAGUCAAAUGUCCCUAUAGUGCUAGGGACAUGAUCUUAAGGCAAGCUGUUCAACUCCCAAAUUUUUGUUUGGAAGCUAAUAAUGACAGUCWUCAGCUAAAAAGGGGUCAUGAUUAUGAAUUCCAGGUCCAGGGGCAGUUAUUGGUGACUGGAGCUCCUUUCUGUGAAUUUGUUGUGUACACAAGUAAGGACUUAUUUGUUCAGAGAAUUUUUCCUGAAAAAACAAAAUGUCAACAAAUGCUCAUGAAGCUUGCUGACUUUCACUGUAAAUAUGCAAUUCCAUAUAUAACAAGAAGUUCUGAAUAAUGAAAUAUAGCAUGUAAAAGCAUAAUUUCUAACCUUGUAAUAUCGGCGGAUCCAAUGUAAAUGUAUCUAUGCCUGUGAACUGUUCGGGCUCGUCUUCGYUUUCUUUUUGUCUUUUUUGUUGGGUUACAUUAGGACUGUAUAAGAACCAAAUAAAUGGAGUAUUGAGUUUAGUGUCUUGUUAUAGCUGUUUACAUUGAAAACACACGAAAAAUUAUGUUAUAUCAAUCUUACUUUGAGGAUUCAGUAGUUUGCAUUCUCCUUUUUGGAGCUGGUCUUCCUUUUUUUACAGCACUGCCAUCUGCAGGUAUGGAUGACCAUCGAUGAAGUGCUGUAAGAACGAAUAUUGAAAAUGUCACAAAAUGAUUGUUCUGAUAAUAAAAUAUCGUUUUUAUUGCU